GCGGCGGGUCCCGGGCGCCACGCGCCGCUCCAGGCCCAGGGCCACGCGCCUCCCUCGGGCGGCGCCGCCCGCGCUCUGCCCCGCUUACCCGGCUCGGCGCCGCGUCCCCGCGCUCGGCGCCGCGCUCCGGGGCGAGCCGCCGGCCGUGGCUCGCAAAGGCGCGAAAGAGAGCCGGGCACAGAACCCUCACAGGGCGUCGCGCGGCCUCCAUGGCCCGCGGCCGCUGGCUCCCGCGCCGCACGACAGAGUCGCGACAGCGCUCGGGGCCGCCUUACGGCAAGACCGCCAAGCUCCAGCAGGGAGCGGCGCGGCCGACCAUGCGCAUGCCCUGCGGAAACGACAGGCUGUGGGGGUGGGCGUGCGGCUCGAGGGGCGGCGCCACGCCGACCACCGCUUUCUCCGGGCGGGGUGCUGCUUGGCCGGGGGCGGGGCGGGCCUCGGCGGCUCUGCGGAAGUGGAGGCGGCGGAGCGCGAUGGCGCCGGCAACACAGUGCUUGUGAAACUGAACACAACAAAAGUAUGGAUAUGGGAAACCAACAUCCUUCUAUUAGUAGGCUUCAGGAAAUCCAAAAGGAAGUAAAAAGUAUAGAACAGCAAGUAAUCGGCUUCAGUGGUCUGUCAGAUGACAAGAAUUAUAAGAAACUGGAGAGAAUUCUAACAAAACAACUCUUUGAAAUAGACUCUGUGGAUACAGAAGGAAAAGGAGAUAUUCAGCAAGCUAGGAAGAGGGCAGCACAGGAGACAGAACGCCUUCUCAAAGAGUUGGAGCAGAAUGCAAACCACCCACACCGGAUCGAAAUACAGAACAUCUUUAAGGAAGCCCAAGCCCUUGUGAAAGAGAAGAUCGUGCCUUUUUACAGCGGAGGCAACUGCGUGACAGAUGAGUUUGAGGAAGGCCUCCAGGAUAUCAUUCUGAGGCUGACACAUGUUAAAACCGGAGGGAAGAUCUCCUUACGGAAAGCAAGGUAUCACACUCUAACCAAAAUCUGUGCUGUGCAAGAGAUUAUUGAAGACUGCAUGAAAAAGCAGCCUUCCCUGCCACUUUCUGAGGAUGCACAUCCUUCUGUCGCCAAAAUCAACUCUGUGAUGUGCGAGGUGAACAAGGCCAGAGGCACUCUGAUCGCACUUCUGAUGGGAGUGGACAGUACUGAGACUUGCAGGCACUUAUCAUGUGUGCUCUCAGGCUUGAUUGCUGACCUGGAUGCUUUAGAUGUGUGUGGACGUACAGAAAUCAGAAAUUAUCGGAGGGAAGUAGUCGAAGAUAUCAACAAAUUAUUGAAGUAUUUGGAUUUAGAAGAGGAAGCCGAUACUACUUAUGCGUUUGACCUGGGUCAGAACCAUUCCAUUUUGAAAAUAGAAAAGGUCCUCAAGAGGAUGAGAGAAAUAAAAAAUGAACUUCUCCAAGCUCAGAGUCCUCCUGAAUUGUACCUGAGCUCCAAGACAGAACUGCAGGGUUUGAUUGGACAACUGGAUGAAGUGAGUCUUGAAAAAAAUCCCUGCAUCCGGGAAGCCAGGAGAAGAGCAGUGAUUGAAGUGCAAACUCUGAUCACUUAUGUCGACCUGAAGGAAGCCCUUGAAAAAAGGAAGCUGUUUGCUUGUGAGGAGCACCCAUCACAUAAGGCGGUCUGGAACGUUCUUGGAAACCUGUCUGAGAUCCAGGGAGAAGUCCUCUCAUUUGAUGGAAAUCGAUCCGAUAAGAACUAUAUUCGGCUGGAGGAGCUGCUGACCAAGCAGUUGCUGGCCCUGGAUGCUGUGGACCCGCAGGGAGAAGAGAAGUGUAAGGCUGCCAGGAAACAGGCCGUGAAGCUCGCUCAGAACAUCCUCAGCUAUCUCGACCUGAAAUCUGAUGAGUGGGAGUACUAAAAUGCCCGAGAUCUCAUGUUGAUCUUGAUGGUUUUGCACUUUAUAUAGACUUCUAUGUAUUUAUAGAGAGCUUUCAGUUCACGGAGCCUACAUGUGAUUUAUACAUGCAUAUCUCAAUCUCAGUAUUUAUGAUUUAAGCAAAUUAUAUUCAGUAUCUCUGCUGCUCUUGAUGUUGCAAAACAAAUGUCAUUACAGCACAUUAACUUUUCCAUUUGGAUCUUUAUCCAAACGAUGUGGUGUGGUUUGUUUGAUUUGUGUUUAUUUUGUUUUGUGUGUUUUUAUUCAGAACAUGAGAUAAAGGCAGCAUUUGUAAGUUUUUAAGUGGGUUGUACAAGUAUAACAUGCAGAAAUUUCACAAGCUAGGAAUAGAUGGAAGCUUAUAUAAUACUAGGGAAAUUAUGAGACGGGGGAAUUUGUUAAGUGGGAGUGAAGUCCUAGCACAAAAGCAGUACAACAAUAAUUUUUAUUAUACUAAAUGAACCAGAGGAUUUUUUUAAAAAUAUAAAGCAGGAUUGGUCCCACCCAGUUUAAUGUGGUGGGUUUUUUUUUUAAUUAUUAUAUUGUUCCUUUCACGAACAUUUUUAUUCAAAGAACAGUGUCUGCUUUCCCCCAUACUCUGUAUUUUAUAAGAAAGUGAGUCUUAUUUUUGUGUGCAGCACAAGAAAAUUAUGAAAACUAACAACCAAAAGACCUUUUGAGACUGCACCAGAGAAGGGACAAAGCAUCAUCGAUACCUUCAAGUCGUUUCUGUAUGUAAGAUCUGAUCUUAAGAUUUUCCUUAGCGAUUAGUAGGAAGGGAGCAUAAAAAAAGAAAAACUAGUUGACCUCUAAAGUAAAAGGCGACGCCCAUACCUGUAGAGAAUGCAGCUGGAGUCGCUCACCAACAUCAGGCUGCACUGAAACAGCCGAAGUACCUGCAGCCCGUGUUGGACUUCCGUGGGUCAAGGCUGUAAAAAGACAAGCUUGGUAGACCCCCAGUCAUCUCAGAACAUCAGAGCAGGCUCUCAGUAGCCCAGCAGGACCAGGUGUGCAUAGCUUAUCAGAGGAAGUUGACUGCCGCUACCAGCCCACUAAAUGCCACCUGCGCCUGGGGGCACUUGAAGGCUGCCCUGGUACCUGCUGGACUCCUUAGUAACAGUAACAGGUGUGGGGAUUUCUCCUAUGCCUGAAAGAACUAUUAGAAUCCAUCAGGCAUGAAGUGUUUUUCUUUGCCAAAGGGACUAUUUUAAUAAAUACUUUCUGAGGAUCCAGUUUUAUAGUUGCUUGCUAAUGUGGGCAAAAGGAUUCCCCCAAAUUCUGCAGUGCCUGUCAGACUGCUUUAUCUAGUCACCUUUCACUGGAUGAUCCUCUGAGGGCACAUCUUUUGAACCCUUUGGGGAUCUGUUUCAGAGAUACUGAUUUGGUAACUGUGCAGGGAAAAUGUAACUUUAAACAGCCAAAACGACAGGUAAAAGGAAUGACCUUAAAUACCUUGAAGGUAGUGAAAGAAUAGCCCUCAUCUUCACUUUGACUCCCUCGCCUUUCCUACUAAAGUGAGAAACAUUGGAGCCCAGAGUCAAAGGACAGUGGGGUCUUCAGGCUGUAAGUCCCACCCACUGCAGGCCAGCUCCAGGCAGCAGCAGGCUCUCAGUACAAGCCACUGGAAUCUCAUUUAGGUCAAGUUGUUUUAGGAUUGCUCUUCUGUGUCAUAAUUUUGGAAUGCUCUUAAAAUCUUGAGUUUUUAAAUUAUACCUACUGGACAACCAAGGUUACACUAUAAUCACUUCCGGUGUAUCCUUCCCUAGGUUGUGCUUAAUUUUAAAUUUCAUUUUAAAGAGUCAAAUACCAGCCUUUAGAAGUGUCCAUUGACCCAUGAAAGCAGAUUCCCUGUCCCUUCGAUGUUUUCUGUGUCCCAUCACUGAGCUCGGAGUCUGCCUGAGCACAGGACGCUGACCUCUUCCCCUGCUGGGCGAGGGUUUCACAUGGGUUCUUUUGGUCACGGAGAUGAUCGUUUACCUUUAUGUGACUUUUGGAACUUGGGCAUGGUUUCAGUCCCAAGUUCCAACCUGUUCUAGUUCCCUACACCCGAUUACCUCCCGAAACGAGCCCUAGUGGACACCAGACGGCUUCUCUCGUCCUCUUUUAGCCGUGUGUGGAUGUGGACUGCUGCAUGUCAUUUUUAAGUUGGGCUCAUCACACUGUAUUGUAUUUUUAUGAUCUUUCGUGAAGAGACUCUGUACUACCAGUAAAAUUUACUCUCCAAAAAUGUGUGGCCUUGGGUCUGCAUUAAACAAUGUCAUCCAUGUUCGUGCAAAAAAAUGGCUGGGAAUGUUUGCUUUCUUUACCCAACUCAGUGAGCUUCGCUUUCAGAUCAUCUUUGUCCGAAUAGAUGAGUCCACCCUGUGACAAAGUAGUUACUACAAUAAAUGUAAUGAAUGAGUCUACUAAGUACAGUUUAAUGCUUUAUUUUGCUAAAAUGCCUAUAUAUUUGCUAUAGUGAAAUUCAAUUGCUUUUUCUUUGUUUUAUUUUGUGGAUUUCUAUCUGGUUUUUAAAGGUCUAAGCUUCUGUACAAGAACAUUUUUAACAGUUUUGCAGCUUUUUGUCAAUUGGGUAUUUUUCCCUUAAUAAUUGGAGAAGUGUUUAUCAGUGAUUUUGAUGUGUAUGCAGGUGUGUCUCCCAGUGUACUGGCUCCUGUCUUGCCCCUGUUCACUGUAUGACUAUUGUAUUGGUAUAUCUAAAAUAGUUCAGUAUUAUCUUGAAAUAGACAAAUUAGUAUUCCCUUAAUUAUUACUGAAAUAAAACGAAUCUCUUAGCUCAUCUUGGUGGUGGAG